UCUGCACUCUGCAGUCGGGGACCGCGCCGGAUAGUCGCUGUAUGUAAAUCGGAGCAUGAAAGCAGCUCCACGCCCCGGAAGCCAGAAAGGAGGGUUUUUGCAUUUGGCUCGGCGCCCGCUGUUCAAGUCUUUUUAGGACAGGUUCCAUCUUGAUUUGCAAAAAAAUCUGCCAAGUAACACCUCCAUAAAUUCGCUGAGGAAUCGAACUGUUCGCAGUGCAAAGACGAGCUCAGUGAGGAGGAAGUUGUGAAGCUGAGAGUUUGAAAGAUUCCGCACAGAAAAGCGAAAGCAACCGGACUGAAAGGAAAAUGAUGCAGAUUAUGGAUACGUACAAUCAGAAGCACUCCUUAUUCAACGCCAUGAACAAAUUUAUAGCUGCGGUCAAUAACAUGGACCAGACAGUGAUGGUGCCGAGUCUUUUGCGGGAUGUUCCCUUGGAAGACGAAAGCAAGGCCGAAGUUAAUGGCGUCUCAAGCACUGGAGCGUCUAACUAUUAUUCUGAUAAGCGGGAUAUGUACAACUACUACGUCUUGCUGAAAUCCAUCAAGAACGAUAUUGAAUGGGGUGUGGUGCAGCUGGAUGACAGGAAAAAGGAUAAAGCCCCCACCAUGGACAUCAGAGUGGACGAGGUGGAAGGCGAAGACGACUUGCAGAAACAGUUCCAUUAUCAUCUAAAUGGAUUAUAUACUGUCUUAUCAAAACUGACCAGAAAGGCUAACACCCUAACUAACCGCUACAAACAAGAAAUCGGAUUCGGUAGCUGGGGACAUUGAGCACAGAUCUUACAAGGACUAACCUCCUGAAUGAAGUUAAGCCAAGCCUAACUGAAGUUGCAAGGUUGUUUUCUGCUCUGUUCUAGAAACUGAUAGAGGCAACGAUUAACAUCAUUUAAUAUGCCCCUUUUUUUUCUGUCUUAUUUCCCGUCUUAUUUGCUGGGAGAAGGGAAGGCUUUUGUUGGACAUGCUUAAUAAAUUUUUCAUUCAUGAAAUGGAAAAUGUGGUUGUGAGCGGCUGUGCCGGCGGAGAUUACCAUUGUACUUUGCACUACUUUGUAAUAUAUGUGUAAUGUAUAAAAUUGUAACGUAUACUGUCCACUUGUUUUACAAACGCACAAGAUAGACGCGUAUCUUUCUACAAUCUCCACGUGGUACAUAAAGUUCUUAGCAAAAUGAGGCUGUUCGAAAAAGCCAAUGACUUUAAAGCUAUGUAGUUCGAUGGGUGAUUUACUGUACGGAACCAACUGAAAAAGGUUUCCUGUGUCACGACGCAUUUUUCAUAUUUAAACCCUAAUUUUGUACAAAGUGAUAUGCUAAACCAAUGUUUAAAAAUUAAAAAAAUAACUAGUUUAAAAAA